AUGUUUUUAAAGCCCAUCAAAUCGUCAGAUUGAAUCCAUUUCCCCGAUAUUUCUCGCCCCGUUUGGUUCAAUUCCACGCAAUCCACUGCUCAAUCAUGGAGGCCUGGUUCGUCAUCCUCGUCUCCCUCAGUCUCUGCCUUCUCAUCAGAGCUCUCUUCAAUCUUCUCCUUCCCUCUCAUUCUCAUCCUCUUCCUCCCGGUCCUCCCCAUAUUCCCAUCAUAGGCUCGCUUCUCUUUCUCCGUAAAUCCUUCUCCGAACUUGAACCCGUUCUUAGCAAUCUUCAUGCUAAAUACGGUCCCAUCGUCACUCUACCUGUUGGUUCACGACCCGCCAUUUUCAUAGCCGAUCGAUCUCUCGCCCACCAAGCCCUUGUUCAGAACGGCGCCGUCUUCUCUACCCGCCCCAAGGCCCGUGCCACCUCCCAGAUCAUCAACAGUAAUCAGCAUAACAUUAACUCUGCUUUCUACGGUCCCACGUGGCGCGUCCUCCGCCGCAACCUCACGUCCGAGAUGCUUCAUCCCUCCCGGAUCAAAUCCUUUUCGGGGAUACGGAGGUGGGUUUUAGACGUGCUGCUUAAUCGCCUCAAAUCUGACUCAGAAUUCGGCAAUUCCAUUACUGUAAUUGACCAUCUGCAAUAUGCUAUGUUCUGCUUGCUGGUAUCCAUGUGUUUCGGUGAAGGUUUAGCUGACAAGCAAAUCAGGGAUAUUGAAAAGGCUCAGCGUCGUUUACUCGUGAACUUCAGCAGGUUUAAUUUCCUAAACUUCUGGCUAAGCGUCACUCGAAUAUUGUUCCGCAAGCGUUGGGAGCAAUUGUUCCAAAUUCGGAAGGAACAAGAAGAUGUUUUGACUCCGCUUAUCGGAGCGAGGAAGAGAGCCAAGGAAGAGAGGCUGAUAAAAGCCAUGGAGGGCAGUAAGCAAGAUGAAGUUACAGUGCCAUAUGUGGAUACUUUACUGGAUUUGCAGUUGCCCGAGGAGAAGCGCGAGCUUGAUGAAUCUGAACUGGUCACCUUAUGUUCUGAGUUUCUGAAUGCAGGGACGGAUACAACGGCUACCGCGUUGCAAUGGAUUUUGGCAAACUUGGUGAAGUAUCCACAUAUCCAACAGAGGGUUGUGGAUGAAAUAAGAGAUGUGAUGGGUGAGAGAGAGGACAAGGAAGUGAAAGAGGAAGACUUGCAGAGACUUCCAUAUCUCAAGGCUGUGAUUCUGGAAGGAUUGAGGCGUCAUCCGCCUGCACACUUUGUGCUGCCACAUGCAGUGUCAGAGGAUGUGGUUUUGAAUGAUUACUUGGUACCUAAAAAUGGAAUGAUAAAUUUUAUGGUUGCGGAGAUGGGAUGGGAUCCAAAGGUGUGGGAAAAUCCAAUGGAAUUCACGCCGGAGAGGUUCCUGAACUAUGAGAAAAAUGGAGGUGAAGCAUUUGAUAUUACAGGAAGUAAAGAGAUCAGGAUGAUGCCAUUUGGAGCAGGGAGAAGAAUCUGUCCUGGUUAUAGUCUGGCAAUGCUCCACCUUGAAUACUUUGUGGCCAAUCUCAUCUGGAAUUUUGAGUGGAAGGCUUCAAAUGGUGAGGUAGAUUUGUCAGAGAAACAGGAAUUCACCACGGUGAUGAAAUAUCCAUUUCAGGUCUAUUUGUCUCCAAGGCUUUAGACACAGAAAUAAUAUCAAAUCCUCGCUCUAUGCUCUUCUAAUAAUCAUCCUUCUGAUUAUGUGACAAGGUUACUGUAAAUGCCCCCAAAAAUAUUUGUUUUACGUCAUGUUCAGUAUCUAUAAUUCCAUACGGCAUAUGAAAUUUGUGUUUUCUUGCUGCUUUUAGCAGUUUCAUUUAGCAUAACUAAGAUCAGUGGUUGAUAACAUCACAGUUCUUUGGUGCUUGUUCAAUGAAUUAGGACUCCUUCAUUAUAUUAUCAUUUUGGCCAUUAUGUUUUGUAAAGAAACAAAACGAUGUCUGAUAUAUGCAUAUGAGACUUGUAAUA